CAUUCUGCAUCGGUCCUCCUCUGACUCUCUCUCUCUCAUCGCCUCUCUGCCUCUCACUCGCAGGCAAAGUCGGACUUUUAUACCGAGGCUAAAUUUAGGGGGCUGGCCAGUGCGCUGCGUCCUCAUCCUGGACGCACUUCCUUCCCCCUGCCUUGCAUUGGUCUCUGCGAACAAUAUUUAUAAGAAAAGCAGCUCCUUUCAGACACACAGCUGCACGAGAGAGAAGCAGCACUGGACUGCAGGAGAACAACGAGCUCUGUAGUCUGUUUUUUUUUCUCUUGAAACUCAGUGGACUGGUGAUUUCUUCAGAAACAGAGAAAAGUGUUUUUCUCAAUAUUUCAGGACUUUUCCUGAUUGUAUUUCAAACGCUUGGAAAUGGCCUUGAGUGGGACAAUUUUACCUUCAAUCUCUACAUUUGCCAUCCAAAAGGAGAAAUGCUGGGAAGAUAGGUGGAAGGACGAGAUGAGCAGCCUUGCACCCAACAUGAGCAGCAGCUACCUAGGACGAAAAGACGAAGAGGACCUGGAUAAGUUCUUGGAUCUUGAGUUUAUUCUUUCAAACACAGCCGUUUGUGCCAGUGCGCCAGAAGCCGGGACUGGGGCAGAGUCAUAUCGGCUCCAGGAGUCAGGGGCGUCCGUGUAUCACCAGCAGCAACAGCAACCCAGGAUGCCCCAGCAGACGGCCAGUUACACCUCUGUCCCCGACAUGAACAGCCCUCCGCCGCCGUAUAACAGCCUGAUGGCGGAGCUGCUUCGUUCCGACGUGGACCCCAGCUUUCUCCCUGGGAGCAGCCCCAGCAUCCAGGGCAGAUUCCUGAUCAGCUCAUUGCCUUUCCAGACCUCUCAGGACUUAUUCCCCGAGCAUCCCAACAUUAAGGUGGAGCCUGCCUCCAUGGACACGUACGGACCUGUCAUGGGUCUGGUGCCUCAGAGUUGCACCAAAAUCAAGCACGAGGGGAACGUCUCGUGCAUGAUGUCAUACGAGCAGCAGCCUAGGUUGGCUAAUUCCCCGCAGGCUCCGAUGGGCAGCCUGACACCGCCUCUCAGCCCAAACGACCUCAUGAGCUCAGAUUGUCACCAGCCACAGAUGGGCAACACCUCGCUGACGUUCCCGCAAAGCUUCCAGCCUCACCAUCGCUGCGCGCCCGGGGGAUUCCCUCACACGCAUACCGGGAUGCAGCUGCCUUACCCCGGAGCGCACCACCACCAGCAGUACCCCGGCAUGUUCGGGGAGGACGUUGCUAGAAGCCUGCAACAGCAACAACCGGCGGCUGGACAGCGGGUCCUGCUUACUCCACCAUCCUCUCCGCUGGAACUGAUGGACACCAAGCCGAAGAGGGGUCGUCGGUCCUGGCCGAGGAAACGGACAGCUACACACACGUGCACAUACGCCGGCUGUGGGAAGACCUACACCAAAAGUUCACACUUAAAGGCACAUCUCAGGACGCACACAGGAGAGAAACCAUACCACUGCAGCUGGGAGGGCUGCGGCUGGAAGUUCGCUCGUUCAGAUGAGCUCACACGUCACUUCCGGAAGCACACCGGACACCGCCCCUUUCAGUGUCACCUGUGUGAACGUGCCUUCUCCCGCUCCGACCAUCUCGCCUUGCACAUGAAGAGGCACAUGUGAGGAGGGUUGGUGAAGACAAAGAAAGGAGCUGACAAGGACUUCUAUGCAACCUGAUGAAAAGAACUGUAGUAAACCUGUGAUCAGCUAGAAGGAUGCUAUGCAAAUAUAUACACACAAGUUCUUCCAAGAGUAUUAACUAUAGUGGUGCUAUGACAGCAUAACCUGCCACAUAGUAAGACGCCACUAUUGACUACACUGUAAUACCUAUAUUACAGGAAUAUUAAAGUGAUUCUGCAUUAGGGCAAGGGAAUCCUCAAGAUAAGAUGCCCUGUAAUUAUAGUUUGAGAUAUCUAUUUUAUUUUAUUUUUGAGGAAAUGACAAACAAACCACAAAAUUACAAGAAAAUACAUCCAGAGACGACCGAAACAGAUUCAUUCUGUUUAGACAUUUGUAGUUGUUUGUUGUUUUUUACGAUGUAGCUGGUACUACUUUUUGUACGGAAUGCUGUUAAUGGACUAAAAAAACAUGAACAUUCCACUCAACAUGUCGGGCACAUGCCACUGAAGCAACUGGAAGCAGACAAUCCUUUUAAAAACAAUGAUUCUUGUGUAUUUUCCCCAUCAGUGCCUUCUAUAGCUCAUUUUUUUGUGAGUGCCAUAUUCUCUUCUGGAGCAAAGACAAUCAAAAUUUCAUGCUGUGUGUUAUAUUGUAAGUGUUAACAGCACAUAAAAUAAGCUUUAAGACAAUGUUUGUUCAAAAACUGCCUUCCAUUCUCCUCAAACGCUUGAAUAGAAUGUUGUGUCUGUGAGACUGUCUGUUGUCUACAAGUGUUAAAGUCAGGGUCUUAUAGGUCUCACAGAAGUGCAUACCAUCUCAACGCCACGUGAUGACAAAGGGCUAUAAAGUCUUUGAAAAAAAAUCUUUGUUUGUGUCUUGAAGAAAUGUUUUGCCUUGUGAAUAGAAUCUUUUUUAUAUAAUGUAAAUAGUUUAUUUUAAUGUACAUAAUAAACUAAAUGAACAGUACAA